AUGAUCGAAAUCAGGGGUAUGCUGCAACAACUCAUUGGGACAAAUGGAAAGAUGCAAGAGAAGUUAGCUGCACAUGAUUCAGCAAUUAAAGGCAUUGAAACUCAAUUGGGACAGCUACCUAUGGCCUUGAAUAAUCGCCCACAAGGAACAUUGCCUACAGACACAAACAUUAAUCCAAAGGAGAAAAACCCAAAUCAGCUCAUGGCAGUGAGUCUCAGGAAUGGGAGAGAUUUAGACAGGGAGCAAGAAGUUUCUCAAUCUAGGAGAGAGACAACGUCGACUACUCCAGCUACCCCAGUUACAUUAGAGACAGAUGAGUCAGCAGAGCUCACCGAGGUUGUAAUCGAGCAAGCACAGGUUGACAAGGGUAAAGAGAAAGAAGGUGAACAACUCCCAGAACAGACCUGCAACGCGAUAGUGACAAGGCCCAUGGCUCAAAAGGUGUCUGAUCCAGGUAGUUUCACUAUUCCUUGCACCAUUAGGAGUUAUGAUUUUGCAAAAGUAUUGUGUGACUUGGGGGCCAGUAUAAACUUGAUACCCUUGGCAAUCUAUACAAAACUGGGCAUUGGCAGAGCUAGACCGACCUCAAUGUUGCUGCAAUUGGCUAAUCGUACAGUCAAAAGACCGAUAGGAAUUCUUGAUGAUGUGCUUGUUCAAGUGGGGAAAUUUGUAUUCCCUGCAGACUUCGUCAUUCUUGAUUGUCAAGUGGAUGAGGAGAUACCAAUCAUUCUGGGCAGGCCGUUUUUAGCCACUGGGAGAGCAUUGAUUGAUUGUGAGACUGGAGAAUUGAAAAUGAGGUUGAACAAUAAAGAGAUAAUAUUCAAUGUUCAACAAUCUAUGAGGAGACCCAGCAAAUUUGCAAAUUGCUCACUAGUGGAGGCCGUAGAUGUAAUACUACAAGAGGAGGAUGGGAUUAUUAAUGUCAGGGAUCCGUUGGAAGCCUGCUUGAUGAAUCUGGAAAUGUAG